AUGUCCGACAAAAUAUUUCGAAUCUACCUUAUUCUAAUGAACUGUUUAUGUAAAGACAAGUUAAACUAUUUUAGUAACUUGGAGUUGUAAUUAAGGAUAAGUUGAAGUUAAUGGUUAAUGUGUAGAUUGUAUAUCUAAUUGUGUAAGUUGCCCCGAUGCUUCAAAAUGUGACUAAUGUAAGCCAGGCUUUUAUUCUUUAAUUGUUGCAUGUGAUACUUGUUAAAAUGGAUGCAAAGUUUGUAGUCUAAACAUAAUAUUAUAAAAAAUUUGCUCAACUUGCUUUCCUAAAUUUUUUAAAUCUGGUUCAAAUUGUUAAGCUUGUCCUGCUUAAUGUGCUACUUGCACAUCUAAUACUGUAUGUUAAACUUGUGAAGAUCACUAUUUUAUAAUUGGAACUACUUGCUCAAUUUGUGAUACGAAUUGUAAGACAUGUUCAGGUACUAGUAGUACUUGUACCUAAUGUGAUGUUGGCAAAUACCUUUCAAAUUAAUAAUGUUUUCCUUGCACAUCUCCAUGUUCGGCUUGUGUCAACAAUUCAAAUGAUUGUACUUCAUGUAUUGACAUUCAUAAAACAGCAAUCAAUUUUUUAUGUGUUUGCAAUGAUGGAUAUUAUAUUGAUGGAUCAAACUAAUGUUAGCUUUGCACACCACCAUGUUCAAAGUGUAAAAAUACUGAUGAAGAUUGUACUGAAUGCAUCUCUACUUUUACAUUAAAUUAAAAUAUACAAAAUAAAUGUGAAUGCUAAUCCAACUAUUUUUAGGUUGAUUCUCAAACAUGUUAAUAAUGUAUAAGUCCAUGUUAAACUUGUGAAUAGAAUGAGAAUCACUGUCUAUCAUGUGUUGAUAGUAAUUAAAUUUUAACUAAUUCAAACUUUUGCGAAUGCAAGUCAGGUUGGAUUUUAAAUGCUGAUGGUAUCACAUGCAUUAAAUGUUAAUUACCUUGUUUAGAUUGUGUAGAUACAAUAGAUAAAUGUAUCACUUGUUAAGAUCAAUUACAUUAAUAACCUGAAUCUUGUGAAUGCGAUUCUGGAUGGAUAUUUGAUGAUAAUUACUUUUGCAUGCCUUGUAUAAAACCAUGUUAAACUUGUGAUAUAUCUACCACUAAAUGCUUGACAUGUGUUGAUCCUCAUCAUUAACUUAAUGAUUUAUUCUAAUGUGUUUGCUAAUCAACUUAUUAUUCUNAAAAAUUAUUUGAAUUUUAGUAUUUAACUAUAUUAUAAAUAGAGAUAAUUAUUAUUGUCCGUUUAACAAGUCUUUCCUAUGGUUAUUAUGAUUACAACUGUAAGAAAUUAAAAAAAAUUCUAUGUAGAAAUCUACAAGUGACAAUUAAUUUAAGUCUUUUAAAGUUAAUUUAAUGA